GCCAAUAAACAUCAUAGGAAGAACAAGCAGGAAGAGGCGGGGCGUCGAUUUAGGGCGCUUGCCUUCCGUUGUUCAUUUAACAUGGCAGCGGGACCAAUUUCAGAAAGAAACCAAGACGCUACUGUAUAUGUUGGCGGCUUGGAUGAGAAGGUGUCAGAGCCGUUACUAUGGGAGCUUUUCCUGCAGGCUGGUCCCGUGGUCAACACACACAUGCCCAAAGACAGAGUCACUGGCCAGCAUCAAGGAUAUGGCUUUGUGGAGUUCCUUAGUGAAGAGGAUGCUGACUAUGCGAUCAAAAUCAUGAAUAUGAUAAAGCUUUAUGGCAAACCAAUUCGAGUUAAUAAGGCCUCAGCGCACAACAAAAACCUGGAUGUUGGUGCAAACAUCUUCAUUGGUAACCUGGACCCAGAGAUUGAUGAGAAACUGCUGUAUGACACAUUCAGUGCCUUUGGUGUGAUCCUCCAAACACCAAAGAUCAUGCGAGACCCAGACACAGGCAAUUCCAAGGGUUAUGCUUUCAUCAAUUUUGCAAGUUUUGACGCAUCGGAUGCUGCCAUUGAGGCCAUGAAUGGCCAGUACCUCUGCAACAGGCCCAUCACAGUGUCGUAUGCCUUCAAGAAGGAUUCUAAAGGAGAACGACAUGGCUCGGCUGCAGAGCGACUUCUGGCUGCACAGAACCCUCUUUCCCAGGCAGACAGGCCUCACCAGCUGUUUGCAGAUGCUCCGCCACCACCAACAGCUCCAACGCCAGUCUUGACCGCAAUGGGACCUGGGAUGCCCAUACCAGGCAUUCCACCUCCUGGUGCUUUCCCUCCUGUUCCUCCGCUGGGAGCGAUGCCUCCAGCAAUGCCCCCUGCUAUGUCCAUUCCUCCAUCUGUAGGGGCACCAGUCCCACAGGCUGGUGCUGGUGGACCACCGCCCGGACCACUGCCUUUCCCCCCAGGCAACAUGCAUCCAGGUAUGCCUCAGAUGCCCAUGCCACCUCCUGCUCCUCCUGGCAUGGUGCCUCCACCUCCUGCUCCUCCAGGAUCAAAUCAGCCACGGGCACCACCACCCCCUGGCAUGCCCCCACCCCCACCAAUGGGCAUGCCACCCAGAGUACCGUAUGGACCUCCCAUGGGUCCCCCUGAGCCUCCAGGUUUGAGAGGGCCUCCUCCUCCCAUGCCUCCACCUGGCUAUGGUGCUGGCCCCCCUCGUCCUCCUCCGUUUGGCUUCCAGAGACCUCCAAUGCCCCCAAGGCCCCCUGGUGCCCCACCACGUGUUCCUAUGAGAGCACCGAUGCCUCCAUAAUCCGGCUCAGAUUGCAAAAAAAAAACUAGAGUCUGAGUAUGUUUUCUUUUUUUAAAUACAGUUUUCAAUCUACUCAAGGUUGUAAUUGUGAAAAUAAUUUAACCACCUGUUCGUAUUGUUUCUUUGGUCAUUGUACAGAUGGAAAAACCUUUGACAAAU